GCGGGCGUCAGUCAUUCCGCGAGCGGUACCUACACCUUCAAGGUCCGCGUCCUUGAAGCCGAAAACUGAGUCCUCGAGAAACGUUUUAAGCAAGAGCCCCAAGCGCUGAUCUUUAACCGGAAGUGGUACCGGCACAGAUUUCGACGUGCUUCCGGUUCUUCUGUUCCUUUUGUAAAAGGAAAUUUUCGCCGGUUUAAUUGGAGUGAACCAAAGGGGCAGAGCGGAAUAAAUCAAGACUUUCCCACUUUCAUCUGGGACCAGGGAGCUCCCGUCUGAGGAUGAGGUCCUCGCUGGUGCUGCUGUUCCUGGCAGCCGUCGUCCUCGCCGAGGGGACGAAUCGAGUGAAGCGACAGGAAGAUAAAGACAAGAAGGAAGAAAGCUUUGAGAGCGAGAUUUGCAAGGACAAGGAUGCCGGUGAAUGGUUCAGGCUGGUUGCGGGCGAAGGCGACAACUGCAGGGACGUGAUACAGUGCACCAGUUCCGGCCUCCAGGCGAUCAGGUGUCCCGCCGGGCUUUACUUCGACAUCGACAAGCAGACCUGCGACUGGAAGGACUCUGUUAACAACUGUAAAUUGAAAAAUAAGGAACGCAAGGCGAAACCCUUGCUCUAUACCGAGGAACCGCUUUGUCAGGAUGGUUUCCUGGCUUGUGGUGACGGUUCUUGCAUUGAAAGAGGUCUAUUCUGUAACGGGGAGAAGGACUGUACCGAUGGAUCAGACGAGAACAUUUGUGACAUGGACAACGACCCCAAUAGGGCGCCACCCUGCGACCCUGUGGUCUGCGUUCUCCCUGACUGUUUCUGCUCCGAAGACGGUACCACAAUUCCUGGUGACCUACCAUCGAAAGACGUGCCUCAGAUGAUCACGAUCACGUUCGACGAUGCGAUCAAUAAUAAUAAUAUCGGUCUUUACAAAGAAAUUUUCAACGGGAAACGCAAGAACCCGAAUGGUUGCGAGAUCAAGGCCACCUUCUUCGUAUCACACAAGUAUACUAAUUACUCGGCCAUGCAAGAAAUGCAUAGGAAAGGACACGAGAUCGCCGUUCACUCCAUCUCACACAAUGACGACGAACGAUUCUGGUCGGACGCGACGGUGGACGACUGGGCGAAGGAGAUGGCCGGCAUGAGAAUAAUUGCGGAGAAAUACGCGAACUUGACGGACAACAGCGUGGUUGGCGUGAGGGCACCUUAUCUGAGGGUCGGUGGCAACAAUCAGUUUACGAUGAUGGAGGAACAAGCUUUCCUCUACGAUUCCACAAUCACCGCGGCCCUGAACAACCCACCGCUUUGGCCUUACACCAUGUACUUUAGAAUGCCACACCGAUGCCACGGAAACCUUCAACACUGUCCUACAAGAUCUCACGCCGUUUGGGAAAUGGUGAUGAACGAGUUGGACCGUCGUGAGGAUCCCCAGAACGACGAAUACCUUCCUGGUUGCGCAAUGGUGGACUCGUGCAGCAACAUUUUAACCGGCGACCAGUUCUACAACUUCCUGAACCACAAUUUCGACAGACAUUACGAGCAAAACCGCGCCCCGCUGGGUCUCUAUUUCCACGCGGCCUGGUUGAAGAACAAUCCCGAGUUCCUGGAUGCUUUCCUCUACUGGAUCGACGAGAUCCUGGCCAACCACAAUGACGUCUACUUCGUGACGAUGACCCAAGUAAUUCAAUGGAUCCAGAACCCGCGGACCGUCACGGAAUCGAAGAACUUCGAGCCGUGGAAGGAGAAGUGCAUCGUGGAUGGGCCGCCGGCUUGUUGGGUACCGCACUCGUGCAAGCUGACCUCGAAAGAAGUGCCGGGGGAGACCAUCAACCUUCAGACCUGCGUACGUUGCCCCAACAAUUACCCGUGGGUGAACGAUCCGACCGGUGAUGGAUUCUUCUAAAUCCGUUCCUUAAUCUCUAAGUCAAACCCUUUGAUUCAUCCUCUUGCCUGUCGUUUCUGGCCGUUCACUCAUUCAUUUCUUGUCCCAUUGGUCGAUCACGAGUUUCAGGUGGACGCGACGUUUUCCAAUGAACGAUCGGGACCAUUUUUCUUUGAUUCAUCGUAAUUAGUUACAUCGAUGUGGACGAAAUUGUCUCGGAACAGACUUGUCUGUAUUAAAUAUCGCAUUCGAAUUCGAUGCACAGGGUAAAUCGGAGGAAGUAGUGAUGGGUCCAUAGAAAAAUGGUCUCGAUUGGUUUUUUAACGAGACGCGAGUCCGAUGGUCGCGUCCGCCAAUGAUCUGUGAUAAAUUUCGAAACGGCUCGAGAUUCAGCGACCAGGACGGCAAAACGACGUUCAGACAGAUUAUUAUUAUUAUUACAUCUAAUUUCUGAAAUCCUUGGCCCCGGAGAGAAACGACGGGAACGAAAACGCUGAAAGGAAACGAGAUCCGAGUAUCGUGUGUAAUAUAAACGCGUGACAGAAUCCGCCCUUGGGAUUUUUAGUUGGAACGGCGACCUGGUGUCCCGCUUGUCGCCCUUGAACCGAGGGCGGUCACCCUUACUUUUCUAAGGGUCAGCCAAACUUCUUAUAUAUAUAUAAGUUUAUAUAUAUAGAAAUAUAAAAUGUUGCGUAUGUAUAUUUUUAAAGCUAAGUGAUAUCAGUUUAAUAAAAAGAAUACCUUUGACAAAAGACAAACGAAUUA